AUACGACGGAUUGAAGACAUUACCGGAAGUUCUGCUGUUUACGAAAAUUCUAGUAAUUUCGAGUUAAUGGCUCUUCCAGGUGUGAAUAAGGACAACAUCCGCGCUGGGUGUAAAAGAUGCGGCUAUCCCGGUCACCUCACGUUCGAGUGUCGUAACUUUGUGCGUGUGGACCCGAGGAAGGACAUCGUUCUGGACGUGAGCAGUACGAGCAGCGAGGAGAGCGAGGAGGAAGGACAGCAGGAAGUCCACAAGGAGAAGAUCUUCGGGAGCGGCCGCUCUAAAGAUUCCCGAAGAGAGAAACAUAAAAAGAGGAGUAAAGAACGAUCUCAUCGAAAGGCAAAGAAAAGGUCUCAUUCAUCCAGUGAUGCUGAUGAUGAUGAAGAGGUGAGCAGGAAGAAAAAGAAGAAAAUCCACAAGAAGAAAGGCAAAAAGGAAAAGCGAGAGAAAGAGAAACGCUCGAAGAAGCGUAAGAAGAAACACGCGCAGGCUUCCUCCUCCUCCUCCUCCUCCUCCUCCUCCAACAGUUUGAGCGACUCCUCAGACACGGACUGAACCUCUUUCUGAUCCAGAUCUUCAUCUACACUUCAUCCUGCAAAACAAACCGACCGCUAGGAGAUGACUAUUAUCCCAACAGCAGUUUGUGAGGCUGAGUGCAAAAGUUUGUGCACCCUGGGGACUAAAGGAAAUAACCAACAUUCCAAACUUUUGCACUCAGCCGUCUGUGUGAAUGUUUUACUGUUUCAGUAGUGAAUCAUUUUCAUUUCUUUUCAUCUCUGAUCAUCUAUUUCUUUUUAUUGUUUGCUAUAUUUUUCACAAUAUUGUUAGAUUUUGUACAGAAAUAAAAUGAUAAAAAUGAAUAGUGUGGUUUCUGUACUUUUUUUUUUU